GUUUAUGGCCCCUGUUAGAGUGUAAAGUCCUCCUGUUGGAGCCACACACGUCAGAUUAGCAAGAAGUAACAGAAGGAGAGAGACCUGGGCUCCAUCAGCCAAAACCUGGUUCUGAUUUCACCCCGUGAAGGCUUCAUCGACAGGAAACCUCGGCCCCUGAGAUCCUCCUACGUUUUAAAAAGCAAACCUUCACCGUCUUUAAACAAUUUGUAGGAUUUCAACCGAAGUAGUUCUCUGGAAACGUUGCCAUCAUGUCGACGGCUGUGGAAGCAACCGGGUUCAUCAUGAGCAUAAUCGCUUGGCUGCUGACUGGAACCGCUCUGGUCAACGACUACUGGAAGAUUUCCACCGUGUCGGGCAGCGUCAUCAUCUCCCAGAGGCAGUUUGAAAACUUGUGGCACUCCUGCGCCGAGAACAGCGGCGGCAUCGCCGAGUGCCGAGACUUUGAGUCCUUACUCGCCCUUCCUGCUCACGUUCAGGCGUGUCGGGCCAUGAUGAUCAUCUCUCUGCUGCUCGGCCUCGGCUGCAUGAUCGUGUCUCUGCUGGGACUCAAGUGCAUCAAGAUCGGCUCCACCACCGACCAAUCCAAGGCCAAGAUCGCCACCACCGGAGGCAUCCUGAGCAUACUUGGUGGUCUGUGCUGCAUGAUAGCUGUUUCCUGGUACGCCUUCAGAGUCGUGCAGGACUUCAACGACCCGUUCUUCGGUGGGGUGAGGUUUGAGCUGGGUACCGGUCUGUACAUAGGAUGGGGCGGAGCCAGUCUGUCUAUUCUGGGCGGAGCUCUCCUCUGCAGUGCCUGCAAGAGAGCGUCACCUGGAGGCAAGAAAGGCGGUUAUUACGGAAGCCAGCCUCAGAAAGUCUACACAGCUACAGCCAAGUCAGAAUCAGAUGCCCGAGCUUACGUCUAACACACCCCGUCAUACUUCCUGUUUCAGGACAUUUCAUCAGCUCACAGUGAAUAUCUGAAGGCCCGACUUUCACCUGAUUUAUGUUGACUAAUAAAAACAAAGUUUUAACCCCUGAUGAAGCUGUUUUUUUUAAAAAGGGGAGCAGCUGUUUUUCAUAGCCUGAUUUCAGAAUAAAAAACAAACAUAUUAUUCCCUCUGGUGUCAUCAGCAGUCCGACCAGUUUCCAACCAACAAGAAGUAGCUCUUUCUCUGUCCUUUUUAAAAUAUGUGCUUGUUUUUUAAGAGUUUUUGUGGCUAAAUCAUAAAUUUUGAAUCUUAAUACGUGAUGGUGUGAAGAUGAUUGUUAAUGAUUCUCUAAAUAAAGUGUUUAUUUCACAAAAAGA